AUGAAGUCUGUUGCUUAUCUUAGUGUCUUUCUGGCUGGCUUCCUGGUUUCUAGUCCCUUAGUGGAAGGUGAGUUUCUCCUGCCAACAGAGUGGAAGUUCUCUUGUGAUGGGACAGUUUCUCAGAGCCAAAAGAUGUCAGACUCUCCUUGGGCCUCUUCAAAAAAGAAGAAGUAUGAAUUGUAUCAGGGUCCUUGCUGUUUGCAGGAAAUACCCCCCGUGAAAUACCUUUGUUCUCUCCCCCCCCCCGGGUCACUCCUCCUAGCAGUGCCCCUGGUGCCAAUUAAAGAAGCAAGGGGCGCUGAGUGCCUGUGGUUUGGAAAGCAAACUUCUCUCCGUCCUUGUCUCACUCCUCACAAUCAUUCCUGUUUUUCUUGUCUCUCUCCUGAGCAGUGAAAGCUGACACCUGUGCCAGAGAGUGGCUGCAAUACCAGGGCAAUUGCUAUGGCUAUUUUGAGACUCAGAUGACCUGGCAUGAGGCAGAGGUAAGCGGCCAGCUGGUUUUGCCUAAGUUAGGUAAAUGGCUCUCAAGAUAUGGAGGUCCAAAAGGAGGUUCAAUGUUGCUUUUCAUGGUUCUCCAUCCUUAUGGCAGCCGGAAGAAUCCCAGGAGACAGCCAGGAAACAGCUAGCUAAAGACAGGAAAGAAUUACAGUGGUACCUCGGGUUACAAACACCUUGGGUUACAAACACUUCCGGUUACAGAAUCCACUAGCCUGGAAGUAGUACCUCAGGUUAAGAACUUUACCUCAGGAUGAGAACAGAAAUCUUGCGGCGGCGGUGCAGCGGCAUUGGGAGGCCCCAUUAGCUAAAGUGGUACCUCAGCUUAUGAAUGGUUUCAGGUUAAGUACAGACCUCUGGAACGAAUUAAGUUUGUAACCAGAGGUACCACUGUAUUAUCCCUUUGUUUUGUUUUAACGGGGUGCUGCUGCCUCUGCCAUCCUCCCGACAUCACAGCCCCUAUGUGGCAUGGCUGCUUGUUGUCUCUGGCAGUCUUUCAAAUCACCUCCCUCCUCCCUGCAGAUGCGUUUUCCUGAUGGCAGCAGCAAUUAUUCUGGGAGUUGAGCUGAAGCUUGGGUCCAUAUCGUGGUGGGUUGAUGCAAUGUGUGGAUCCCACAGUGCCCAGUGUUGGAAUCUUUAUCACAGUUGGUUUGGGAGGUUUGGCGACGAGCCCUUCCAUACAUCUAGGCCCUUGGCAGGUGUCUGACCUGACACUGUUCUUGAGGCAAUCUUGUGAAGCCGUGGAAGAGUCAAGGUUUUCCCUCAGGCUGGGGUGAGGAACCCUUUUCGGACUGAGGGCUGUAUUCCACCCUGGGAACCCCCGGAGGGCCACAUGGCAGUGAUGGGCAGGGCCGGAGACAAAAGUGAAUUUUACCUUUGUAGUAUUUCUACACACCCUUCUCUAGCCAGGAAAGCAAGUGGUAUUAUCAGAGUUCAAUGAUACAUUCAAGCUACGAAGAAAACACUUGGGGUGUGAAGUAGGGCCAAUGAGGGUGCUCACCUGGGAAGAGGGCAUGAGGCCUAAGAAUAGUUUUGUGGGCCGGAUAAAGUUUUUAAGGGCCCCCAUUCAACCUCUGGGCCUGAGGUUCUCAACCCUGAAAAGUUCCUUGUUCCAACAGCAGCAUGGAUGCUAUUAGCUCAGAGAUGGAUAGAAGACAAAGUCUCUACAAGAGAAGAAUGGCAAAUUAAAUUGUUUUACUAUGCCGAAAUGGCAAAAUCAACCAGAACGCUCAAAGCCAAGAAGACCAUAACUUUAAUAAGGAAUGAAAAAAAUUAUAAUUUAUCUUGGGGACCACUGUAAACUAAUGAAAACAUUAGCAGGAUUGCAAUAACACUUGUAAUGUAAUGGGUACUAUGGAGAUAAUAGAGCUAAAAAACAACUACAGAACCCUUGCAGGGGAAGGUGGGAAGUCCAGAGAUUUGGGGGAAUCUUUUAAUCGUAGCUGUGUGUUGUAAAAUCAAAUUUCAAAAUUUCAAAAAAGGAAAGAAAAAGAAAAAGAAAAAUUCCUUGUUCAUCACAAUUCUUCUUGCUUUAAGCCACAUGAUGUCCCACGAAAGAGUAGCAGAAUGUGGAAAAAAACAGCCUUUGUUAUUGUCCUUGUCUAGAUCGAGUGCCAGAGUUACAGGCGUGGGGCUCACCUUGCUUCCCUCCUUACCCCCGCAGAGACCCUCGUGGUAGCCAAUCACAUCGCUGCUUACCAGACUGACAUCAGCAAUGUCUGGAUUGGUUUGCAUGACAUCCGACAUGUGAGUAUCUGGAAACUGCUACAUUUCUGCUCUGCCAGUGUUCUCCAUGGGAAAGGCACCUUCUAACAAACGUUGUUCACAUGGAGUGCCAUUGCAUCCCUAACGUCUUCCUCUCAGCUGUGAAUUUCGGAGGCCACUCCCUGUCAGCCAUAGAGGUUGCCUUGGGUGUUAGUAAUGGAUUUGUAAGGCCUGCCCAAUCAAUUUAGGGCUGUAGACAUCUUAGUUAUGGAACAGGUCCUCCAGUUUUGCAGUGCUAUGUAGACUACCAUGAUGUACAACUGUUAUUUAAUGGUUUCUGGGUUGUUUCUGGGUUGAUAGGCUCCAGGAUGUAGGCCCCAUGAACUGAGGUAAUAGGAGAACCAGUAUUCCUUCACCUCCAAACUUUUAAUGUUUUUUUUUAAAAAAAAUAUUAAUAAUUUAUUUACAACAUAGUCCACAACAACUCAUACAUACAAACAAACAAACCCGCCACCAUUGACAAUUUAAUUAUCAAAAUUAAACUCCUAUCCCUUUGCAUAAAGAAAACAAACACAAAAAUAAAAGACUUCCUUUAUCCUGUAAAUGGCCUCCUUAUUUACUUCUUGUAUACUGUUUCUUUUAUAUGUGAUUAUUACAAUUUUUCCUAGUUAUGACUUUAAAAAGCACAAAGUCUCCUGUAUAAAUUAAUUGAAAGAAGUCCAGGUUUAUAUUUUGGGGCACUGUUCUCUGCAUUUCCCCCAUUCUUUUUGAAAUUCUUGUCUGGGUUGUCCCCUUAGUUACUUUCUCUCGUCACUCUACAGAGUGGAAUAUGGAGGUGGUCAGAUGAGUCUACCUACAACUACAAAGCAUGGAUGCCAGGGGCACCCAACAACUUGGGGAAGGACGAGUAUUGUGUUGAGCUGAGGCAUUCUGUGAGAGAGGAAGUUGUUCCUGGUGAUGGCGCACCUGAGCAAAUAGCAGUAGGAGCCCCCAUGGGAAGUGCCCAUGAAAGAAGAUGCCAUCCUGAAGAAAGAGUUCGCAGUGAACGUGCAGGUAAAAAAAAGAUUUAGUACCAUCCAGAAUCAAAGACUUCCCUGUUCAGUUAUAUUAACUUCACACAUUGUUAUCAAGGGCCUAUUCAAUAGUCUACAAUGAUAGGAUACUUCUAUCUGUGUAUUUCACCAAUUGCGCAUUGCUUUCAAUUAUUUAGCUUUUUAUAUGUUGUGUCUUUUACUAUGAUUUGUAAGUUGUUUUGAGAUGUUUGUGCAAAUGACUAAGAAACAUAAAGAAUGCCAAUAACAUUUGCACAUUAUUAUUACUUAUUGUUUCAAUUUAUAUCUCACCCUGUUUCCCAAAGGAGCCCAGCGUGGCAAACACAUCAAUAAUAUUUCUAAGUAUUAUAAAAAGAGUUUAAAACCUUCUAAAACAGUUUUUUUUAAAGUCCCUUAACCAGUGAUUCCACAUUUGAAAGGAACAGUACCCUUCUGUCACCAAACGCCUGGGUAAACAGGGGUGUUUUAAAAUUCCCUCUGAAAGUCAGUAAUAAGGGAGACAGAUGCAGCCCGCUUUGUCAUAGGCCGAUGCCAGCGGGGUGACUUUAAUAGAGGACAAAUUCAUGAAGGAUGAAGCUGUCAGUGGCUACUAGCCACAAUGGCUGUACUCUUCCUCCAUGGCUAGGGAAGCAGUAUGCUUUUCAAUAGGGACGCAGGUGGCGCUGUGGUCUAAACCACUGAGACUCUUGGGCUUGCUGAUCGGAAGGCUGGCGGUUCAAAUCCCCACGACAGAGUGAGCUGCCACUGCUCUGCCCCAGCUUCUGUCAACCUAGCAGUUCAAAAGCAUACCAGUGCAAGUAGAUAAAUAGGUACCGCUACAGUGGGAAGGUAAACAGCAUUUCCGUGCGCUCUGGUUUCCGUCACAGUGUUCCAUUGUGCCAGAAGCGGUUUAGUCAUGCUGGCCACAUGACCCAGAAAGCCAUCUGUGGACAAACGCCAACUCCCUUUGCCUGAAAGUGAAAUGAGCGCCACAACCCCAUAGUCACCUUUGACUGGACUUGGAACCAUCCAGGGUCCUUUACCCUUACCUUUUACCUAUGCUUUUCAAUAUCAGUUGCUGUAACAUGCAGGAGGGGAGAGCUGCUGUUGUGUUCCUGCUUUUCGGUAACUAGUCAUUGACACCAUAUUAGUAUCUUAGUAGUGUAUUUGUACAAGAUCAUCCACACAAGGGAGAGGAAUCUGUCAACUGUUGGACAUUUCUUUUGCUCUUAGAAUUCUCCAAGUGGAAUGAUGCAAAGUGCCACAAACUGAACUCCUACAUCUGCAAACAUGAACUGUAG